AUGGUUGGAAGAAGAGAUGGGAGGACUGGUGGAGAAGCCAGGCGAGGACAGGUUGGACUUGCAGAUGGAACGGACAGUACACGUAAAUGGGGACAGGCAGAACAUGUAGAUGGCACAGGCAUGUGGCUUCUUAUCUUGCUGCUCUCUCCGACGCAGACGUGGCUGCGACGCCGCGGACGCAACCGCUUGUACGUUCGCAGUGAGCGUUUCGUGCAACCUACAUCGGUGCGGGUCCCUAUCAAGAGUUCAUAUGUAGACCCUACAGAUUUGUCUCUUCAUCUUUUGGGUGAGUACGCACAGCGACGAGCUGCGAGCAGCGCGCGGGUGGCUGCCAAGGUAAACAUUCCUGGCGACCCCGACCGCCGCUGCCGGCAGUGUACAGCUCCCGACCUCGCCACUAGCGGCGGCGCCUCCGCGCUGCUUCACGCCGCGCCCACCGAUCAUUAUUCUUUGGGUGGAGUGGGAAUGGAACGGGCAGCGAAAAUUGUGACUGAAAUACAAGUUUCUUUUACGAGCUCGUCUUAAUUUUGCUUAACGCAGUAAAUACUUCAAGAAAUAAAUACAAGUUGUUUCAUUGUCAACUUUAGUUUUAGAAACGCAUCGUGCACUUUAAAAAACAUGAAACAGAAUUUUGCACAAAUAAAAUUUAAUUAUACCCAAAUGGGGUUCAUGAUAUUAGGAAUGUCAAAAAAUACAUCUGCUUUACAUGUAUUUGCAGAUUGCAAAAACGGUUGAAUGUUAAAUGUUGAAAGUAAAU